AGCGCGUCAUUCGCUCCUGUUUUCAUAGCUGAAUAACAUGUCUGUCAAAAGCAUUAGAUCUAACUUUGUCCUAAUGGUCAUCAGCAUCUGUCUGGGUGUGGCCACUUUGGGUUUCUGUUCGGUUAUUCCGUUGGCGUCUUCAGUUACUAACGUCGUCGUUCAUCCGCUCUCCGUCAAGGGUCUGUCGUCAACAACUUUAAACGAUCCAGCUGUUUCAAAUGUGGAGAAAUCUUCGUUUGCCGAUUGCGGAGUGUCCGAUGAUGUCAACCGGAUGGCCGACGGAAAGAUCGCCGGUGGAGUAGAAACGGCCCCCAACGAAUUUCCGUGGCAAGCCUACCUUCACGUAGAAAUGGAAAGUGGUGCCACUUACAACGGCGGAGGAAGUUUGGUAUCUGAACGAUGGAUUCUCACUUCAGCGAACCUUGCGACAAACAGAAACGGAAAAACAAAGUCGAUCCUCGUCUACCUGGGAUUGCACAAUCGCUCGAGUUUACUCACCGAGGCGAAUGCCAAAAUGUACGAGGGAAAAGGCCUAUUGGUUCACAGUGGAUGGGGUCCAUACACGUUCGAUAACGACAUUGCUCUCGUCUAUCUCGCUACACCAGUGACCUUCACCCAAUACAUCCGCCCAGUUUGUUUGGCCGCUCCCAACGGGCCGAGUUACGCUGGCGAGUAUGCCACCGUUGCCGGAUGGGGUCCCACUUUUGACGGUGCUAGCGGUAGUGUGGUACUCCGCAAAGUGACGGUUCCGGUCAUCUCCAAUGACGGAUGCGAUUGGUACUACAACUUUAUCACAGGAAAUAUGGUGUGCACUAGUAGAGCCAAUGGUAGCGGACCGUGCCAAGGUGACUACAGUGGCUUCGGUGACUUCGGUGACUUCGGUGGGCCGCUGAAUUUCAGACAGCCGAAUGGAACUUGGACACAGAUCGGGAUCGCUUCCUUCCACGGAGGUUGCCAGUCGGGCCGUCCGACCGGCUACACAAGAUUGAGCUCCUAUUCGGCGUGGGUCCAGCAAAUCAUCGCACCAGGGUCCGACUUUAGCACCACCCCUUUGAUGAUUCGGCCGACGACAACAAUUAAAAUUACACCGACAACAACUCAAACAGCUUCGACGGAUGCACCAACCGACGCACCAACCGACGCACCAACCGACGCCCCAACAACAACUCAAACUAUUACCCAGUCAACUUCAACAAAAAGCCCAACAACGACGUCCACCGAGACGACUGUAACGACGACUCAGAAGACAACAACACCAACCACCGAGGCAACAACAACCCCAACCACUACGACAUCCAUUACCAACCCAUCACCGACAACUUUCAGCUGUGCUGGUAAAGCCAACGGCAACUACCCCAAUCCGGAAUCCAGCUGCUCCAAUACAUUUUACACCUGCUCAAACGGCAACGCUUACCUUUUCAACUGCGCUUCUGAUUUGGUUUAUCGGGAGGAAAUUGGCGUCUGUGACUGGCCUUCAAACGUGGCCGGAUGCUAUUAAGAACUGGAAGAUUGUGAUUUUAAAUUCUAAUGUAGUAGACUAGUAGUGUACUCGAUUGUCUUGGCUACAAGUCAAGAUUGUGGACGGGCAGGUGCCAGCAGAGGUCCCUCUUGGUCAUAAAAUGUUUUAGUUGCACUUUGCUUGACGUGUUUAAAGCUCAAAUGUUUUUGAAUUUGAUUGUUUAAACCCACCACCAGAGUUGUGAGAUACAAAACAAGCCUGAUAUGUAGUCGUAAUACAAAAGUGUUAUUUUAAUAAACCCUGCUGGCUGAGUCAACAAAAGCGGCAAGAAUAAACAUUUUCAGUUAA